CUCUGCUCUCAAAUGAAGACUUUGUUUUAGAUCUUGUCUCUCUCCUUUUGGGCAAAGUCAGUGGCAAAGAAUGAACUAUUUAGAAGAAAGUUGCUGGAUCUGAAACAAAAACACUCACUCCCCCAGCAGAUGCCUCUUGAGACUGAAGUUUCAUUUCUCUAAAUAUGCAAUCCCACGUAGGUCUACUCCAUAAUAAUCUACUUCUAGCUUCUUCCUUCAGCACUCAGCAAGAUAGCUCAGCCCCUGAAGCUGAUCACUCUUCCUCGGCAGUCUGAGUCACAAAGAGAGCAAGCAUUAUUUGAAGAUGGAUGGAUCACCCUGCAAUACUUCCAAGAAGCGUAUUGUCUUACUGUGAUCAACUCAAUUGGGAUGGAAGGAACAAGGUCUCUCUUACUAUUCAAUGGUUACCUGCAACAACAAAUUGGGUCUUUAGGUCUUUCUUGAUGCCAGUUGACCAUUGGGUAUAUUUAUGUUUAUCUAAUACUUAUUCAGACAUGAAUAAUGUCACACCUACAUGAGGAGCAAAGGAGAGAACAUACCACGCGCAAACUGCUUAAUGAAGGGUUUCUUGAAAUGUUGGCAGCAUGCAUUUUAUAAUACUGAAAUAUUUAUGCUUUAUAAUUUCUCUCUUCUGUUACUUUCUUUAUAGAAUACAGUAACUCUUAGAGUUUACAAUUACCAGUAUGCUGCAUGGGACAUUCCUGAACAAACCAACUCUUUCCAACCAUGUGGACUUUUCUAGAUCAUCCUGAGGCUGGAGCUUUUCACUGAGUAGAACAUCAAUAUCAUCAUGGACAAUUUAUCUUUAUCCGACAUGCUAGAGUGUCCAGUGUGCCUGGAAAAGCUGGAUGCCUCCGCUAAGGUGCUUCCGUGCCAGCACACCUUCUGUAAGCCUUGUCUCCAGAGAAUUUUGAAAUCACACAAGGAGCUGAGAUGCCCUGAAUGUCGAACCCUUGUACUCAGCAAUAUUGAAGAACUGCCUUCCAACCUAUUUUUGAUACGUUUAUUGGAUGGAAUCCGGUUUGGAACAAGCAUGAUGAAGUAUGGCUCACUCCAACGAUCCUCAGCCUUCUCCUCUCCUGCCUCUAUCAGGAAAAUGGGGGGAGGGCCAAAAAACCUAGAGCUCGAUCAAUAUCGGAUGACUUCCAGUCCCAGGAUUCCUUUGGAAGAGGUUCCCCGGGCUAAAGCCUUAUACAGCUACAGAGGACAAAAUCCUGGAGAACUGAGAUUCAACAAAGGAGACAUCAUUACACUGUACCGUCAGCUGGAUGAAAACUGGUAUCUAGGAGAAAUCAAUAGGGUCAGUGGAGUUUUUCCGACAAACGCUGUGCAAAUUAUCAAACAGUUGCCGCAGCCGCCACCAUUGUGUCGAGCACUAUAUAAUUUUAAUCUGAAGUCCAAGAAUAAAAAUGAAAAACCAGAUUGCCUGUCUUUUCAUAAGGGUGAUAUAAUCACUAUGAUCAGUCGAAUGGAUGAGAAUUGGGCAGAAGGAAAGUUGGGUGACAGAACAGGAAUUUUUCCUAUCUUGUUUGUGGAGCCAAAUACAACAGCCCAGCAACUUCUUCAGAGGAGCAAAAGUUACCAGUCUUCUCCCCAGAAAUGUGCUUCACCUUUACAAAGGUUCUUACCUAGAUCCAAAGGUGCAGAGUCACCCACUUUCUGCAAAGGAUCUGAAUCUAGAAGGAAGACCAUGAGACAGUUCUCUAUUACAACUGCCCUAAACACCCUCAACAGGAUGGUCCAUUCACCUACAGGAAGGCAGACUUUGGAUAUCAGUCCUCCUGUCCUCAUCAGUUCUAGCAACCCUUGCGUGACUGCAAAGCACCAAGAGAAAUUAGAAGCCCCAUAUAAUACACCAGACCAGGUCAGCCCUUUCUGUUACCUAGAACCUGAAUCCAUGGGGCAUUCUACGGCCAUUGUCAGUCUUCCCCACUUACAGCAACAUCUAUCUUUGAAUAUGUCCGUCGCUUUGCACUCCUAUACAGCUCACAGCCCGGAUGAACUCAACCUGCAAAAAGGAGAAGGCAUUCGUGUUUUGGGGAAAUACCGUGAAGGUUGGCUAAAAGGAAUGUCACUGAUCACAGGAAAAGUCGGAGUCUUCCCCAGCAAUUAUGUUGCUCCAUUUUUCAGAAAAUCCUCCGGCUUCUCUGAUUCAAAGAUGCCCUCCCUUUAUGCAACUUGGACAUUAUCCACUUCCUCACUUUCAUCCCAGGGAAGCAUCUCAGGGAACCGUCCAGGGCAAAGCAGACCUUUGAAAUCUCUGACUUCACCUGUGAGGAAUCUCUCUUUGCCCAGUGCUUCAGGGCACACAGCAUCAAUGAGAAGAGGACGGAGUAGCAAUAAGAAGAGUGGAUCUUUACAGAAACCUUUGCAACCAGGAGCCCUUAUUCCUUUAACCAACUCUCUCCAGCGACAUCCUCCAACUCCAGCACGAUCUCAGCAAACUCCAAUAUAUCAAUCUAUUUCCUCUUUGCCCCGAGGAGUUGGCUUGGGUGACACAGGAAUCAAACUGAGCGCCUAUCAUAAUUCUUCCUUAGUGCUAUUGCCCCGAAGCGGAAGCAGCAGAGCUCCUUCUGUGUGUAGCUCGGUCAUUUUGGAUACCAGUGAAGUCUCAAAGAACGAACUAGCUGGGAAACCACCUGCAUCUGCUCCACCUUCCAUUCUGGUGAAACCAGACACUUUGAAAAACACCACUGAGAAGCAAGUGAAAACAGUGCGAUUUCAGAACUACAGCCCACCACCGUCCAAGAGACAUAAUUCUGUAUCUUCAUUGAACUUCUCCAAUGGCAAGCCUGAACAAGGAGUGAUUACAGAAGCAAUACAACCAGAAUCAAACAUCAAGAGCCCUGAAAUAUCAUCUUUGUAUUCCCAUCGCAUUAUCUCUAGUUCAGGUCAUCAGAAGAGAAUGUCACAUCACAAGACCUCGCCAUUGGACCUUUCUAGCCCAACUGGUCACCCAACUUUUCCUACAAAAAAGAAUUAUAGUGGCAUCUCUGAGAAUUGAGAAAUUUAACCUUAUUUAAUUGGCUUUGUUUUGGACUUGCGUUAUUUACUCAUUGUUUGUAAGGAUCAGCAACCAGAUGGGAGAUUGGUUCUAGGUCCAACCUGCUACCUUUUAAAAUGUUUAAAUUUUACUAACGGACUCAGCCUCUUUAGAAAUCUAGAAUCUCACCGAUGAUUACAAGAUUUCACUAACAAUAUGAGAAGUUCUUGUUUUCUGUGGCUCAGAAGUAAACCUCAUGCUGCAUAAGCCUGCAAUGUUCUUCAGAUGAAAAAACCUAUCCCAACUGUAGUGUCAAUACUAUUAUCACUGUUAGUUCUAAAAAUAAUAAUAAUAAUAAAGGACUAGGAGCAUGGAGCCGAUUCAAAAUCCAUUUUGCUCUAAGUUCAAAACCUCUACAAUUCAUUUGUAAACAAGAACAGAGAGAGUUUUGUUUCACUUUGCUUCAUUUUGUUUCAUAUUCUAACCAGUUUUAAGCAUGGUUUAGCCACCAUCCUUUCCUUGCUACUUUUGAAACUGAGCUAUCACAUCUUUCUUAUACCUUAACGUUUCCGUUUGCACUUUCCAUUUAUGUCAGAAUUCAGAAUGCUUAUUUUUUUAGAAAUUAAAAAUCAUCCUCAGCUUCAGAAACAUUAUCUCCAAGGGAGGUAAUGGAAUAAACUCACUGAGCAAUUCUCACUUAAUAGAAGGAGCUAUGAGUUUUUUCCUUUUCCCUGCACCCAGCUCUCCUACAAAAUGAUUGAUGGAGACCAGCCUCCCAGAUUCUCCCUGGCUGCCUAGCCUCAGCAAUAAAAAGAAUCACAAUUUUAUCAAAUAAACUAGCUGUGACUGAUGUUUAGAGUAGUGCCAUAUACGCAGUUUGACUUUGUUCCCUUUUAUUAGUUCAAAGGUGGUGCAUUCUAGCCUGAAGUAAACCAGCAAGUUUUGUCAUUGCUCCUGCAGUGUCGUUUCAAUAAAUGUUGGCGCUAACUGUCUUGCAUGAAUGCACUGAACCAACGAAACUAAUGCAACACCGAAUGUCUGUAACUAGCGAACAGCAUAAGGAAAGUUUUCAAGAACAAGUGUGUUUUCAUCUUGAUGUCUUGCCAACAGCAAAAUAAUGUAUUCUUCUAGAACCAUACACUAACUGCCUCUAAAUGUAUGGGAAGGAAGAAAAUGUCCCGGUACUCCACAAAUGGUAAACGGUAAAUCAACAGAUAAAUAUUUGAUUCCAGACCAAUUCAUUUUUGGAAAAAGCCACUUUAGUUUGCAUUCUAAAAGAGCUAAAAACCCUCAAAAGCUGCACCCCAGUUGGAAAAAAAAGAGGGCAUAUUAUCAGCAUGAUUUGGGGACGAGGAGUUAUUUUGCUGCCUGAUGACCUCUAAUGUGGCUUGAGACAAGCUCUUCUGCCUGUUGAAUGGCAGGUCUGAUACUUUAUUUUACCCUUUUACCUUUGACACACAUGCUGAUAUACAGAAGAGCUAUUUCCCAGAUGUAAGAUAAGUUCACCUAUAAAAAUGGUUGGACCCUGGAUGUCCAGUGAGGUGGGCUUUAAGCACAAUUCUCUGAUUCAUUAGGACUCAUAGUCCUAAUAAUCUCCCGUUUCCACUUCAUUCUGGAACUACUAGAAUGCACUACUCAAAACACAUCAUAGAAUGUGCAGAGGCAGAACAGCUCCAUCUUCUGAUUUUACUCACGCUAUCUGUCUACAAGUGGUAUUUUUAAACAUGGACAUCUCUUAAAGACAAGGGGACUCUGCAUAAAGUUCUAUGAGUCUUGGCUUCUGGGCAACUACAAGCUCUGUUACUAGGUUCCUCAGUUCAGAAAUGUGUUGGCCCACUCCUACAGAACAGCUCACAGGACAAGAAGGAGUCACACAAGCUCCAGGUCUUCCUUGUAUUAUAUAAAGUUUGGGUAAUGCCUGCAAAGAGCUGUACUGAGUGAGUGCCCUGUUUCUUGUGAAUAAUUUGUAGGAAGGGCUUACAGCAGUUCAUUUAGUAUUGUUUAAAGUUACAACAAUCAAGGCUAUCAAACUGGUCAGUCCUAGAGGAG